AUAUAUGCAGCGUCUCUCAAAAUCACUGCAUUUCGGAGCUCUCUCACCCUUCGCAUCUUCCAAUGGCGGUCGCUCCUUUUGGCUUCGCGACCUCUCCUCUUCCAUCUCUGAAUGCAAACCGCAUCACGGCCUCGGCCACUGCCACGACAUUUUCUUCCACGUCUUCUUAUUCUCAUCAGGUUUCAAAAUUGUCCAAGACCUUUAAGAGCAGCAGUCCCUUGUUUUCCACGUGGAAACCAUGUCUGAACCCUAGGUGCCAGGUUUUGUUCCCGGAAGAGAGUAUCGAUUCGAGGGCGCUGAGUGCUUCACCUCUCGAGCUGCUCAAGUCGUCUCCUGCUAACAGAUAUACCAAGGAAAGAAGCAGCAUUGUUGUCAUAGGGCUUAAUGUUCACACUGCGCCAGUGGAGAUACGUGAAAAACUAGCCAUCCCAGAAGCACAGUGGCCUCAAGGCAUUAGCGAGCUCUGUGCUAUGAACCAUAUAGAAGAAGCUGCUGUUCUUAGUACUUGUAACCGAAUGGAAAUAUAUGUUGUGGCUCUGUCUCAGCAUCGUGGGGUUAAAGAAGUGACUGAAUGGAUGUCAAAGAUAAGUGGGAUUCCUGUUUCAGAGCUUUGUAAGCACCUAUUUGUGUUGUAUAACAAAGAUGCCACCCAGCAUCUGUUUGAAGUAGCCGCUGGGCUUGACUCUCUUGUUCUAGGGGAAGGUCAAAUCCUUGCUCAGGUAAAACAAGUUGUUAAAGUUGGACAAGGAGUUGCUGGCUUUGAUAGGAAGAUCAGUGGAAUGUUCAAGCAUGCAAUCACUGUUGGGAAGCGGGUUAGAAGUGAGACAAACAUUGCCUCAGGGUCUGUUUCUGUCAGUUCUGCUGCUGUGGAACUUGCCUUAAUGAAGCUUCCGGAUUCAUCUUAUGCUGCUGUUCGAGUGCUGGUGAUUGGAGCUGGGAAGAUGGGGAAACUCGUGAUCAGACACUUGGUUGCAAAAGGGUGCAGAAACAUGGUUGUUCUGAACAGAACUGAAGAAAGAGUUGCUGCCAUAAGGGAAGAGCUCAAGGAUGUUGAAAUAAUCUACAAACCCAUGACAGAAAUGUUAGCAUGUGCUGCUGAAGCUGAUGUGGUUUUUACCAGCACUGCAUCAGAAACCCCAUUAUUCUUGAAAGAGCAUGUAGAGAUGCUCCCCAAUGUGCGAUCAGAAGUUGGAAGGCGGCUUUUCAUUGAUAUCUCUGUUCCCAGGAAUGUGGAACCAUGUGUCUCAGAUCUUGACACUGCAGUCGUUUACAAUGUGGAUGACCUCAAUGAAGUUGUGGUAGCUAACAAGGAGGAUAGACUCCGAAAAGCCAUGGAGGCUCAGACAAUUAUACAGGAGGAAUCGAACAAAUUCGAUGCAUGGAAAGAUUCCCUUGAGACUGUUCCUACCAUCAAGAAGUUAAAAGGCUAUUUUGAAAGGAUCAGGGAUGCUGAGCUGAACAAGUGUUUAUCAAAGAUAGGUGAUGAUAUGUCUGACAAGAAGAAAGCAGCCAUUCACGACCUUAGUGUGUCUAUAGUAAAAAAGAUUCUUCAUGGUCCAAUGGAGAACCUGAGAUGUGACGAUGCCCAUAGUUUGAGUGAGAUUCUCGAGAACAUGCGGGCUCUUAAUAGAAUGUUUGAUCUCGAGACAGAUAAGUCUAUUUUAGAACAGAAGUUUGAAGCCAAGAUGGGACGGAAAAGUAAGUAAGUGUUUUGUAACAGUUUUCUCUUACUCCGAUCAAACCAUAUUCUAUAGGACUCAGGAGGGUACUUCCUCCACAUGUUGUUGCUGUACAUUCAGAUAGAAAUAGGCGGUCACUUAGGAGGCUUUUCUGGUUAUGGAUUCUGUACCUCACCUUUGGAAAUUUCGUCUGUGCUUGGUACUGAUAGAUACUCGGCGUACUAGGAAACAAAUGUGGAGAUAGAACUUGGUCGGGCUAUCAGAUAUUUGUCCUGAUAGCUGAUUACAAUGAAUUCUUUGUAAUUAAUUCACUGAUUAUUUCAAAUUUUGAAAUGCCAAUUUUUUUAUCUUUCUUUGUUAAA